GGUAGAAUACUUGGAAUAGGUACGUAUACCGAGCUAGCUUCAUCUGGUAUUGACUUGAUAUCUCUAAUCAAGACCAAGCCUACCCAAGACGCCGAAGAUAGCUCAGUUGAUAGUGCAUUAGAAGAAGAGGAAUCGAGUGAAUCGUCUAUGCUGAUAAUACCAGACAAAAGCCCAAAGAGAUCGAGUUCUAUAAAAGCAUUGUGCAAUCGAAGAAGUUUCUCGUCAUUGACUGACAUAGAGCUUAAGCUGGACACUCCUGCAAAUGAGUCCCAGAUAGCACAAGAGGUGGAUGUUGAGCCUGAGGACCGGCUGCGCGGCAGCAUUCCUUGUCGGUUUUACUUAAGACUGUUCAACACAGGUGCAAACUUUUAUGUCCUGGCGCUUUUGUUUAUUCUCUUCAUUCUUACUCAGGGAGCUUAUACCUUCGGGGACUGGUGGCUAGCGCAUUGGUCAGAAACUAACUCAAGAUUUGUCGCAGAGCAGAAUCGCCUGUCUAUACUACCAUCAAAUGCAACCGACUCUCCUCACCAAGAAUUUAAUAAGUUCUUCUAUAUUUACGUCUAUCUUGGUGUUGUCAUAGCAACUUUACUGYUKUCCAUUGCGAAGGUGUUUCUGUUUUUCCAUGUCAAAAUCAAYGCUUCAAAAAACCUGCACAAUCAAAUGUAUGACGCAGUUAUCAGAGCCUCGCAAUACUUCUUCGAUACCAAUCCUCUUGGUCGAAUUAUUAAUCGAUUUUCGAAAGACGUUGGAUAUACGGACAACAUGUUACCUGAAACGUUUUACGAAUUUCUGCAUCUCUUCAUCAAGAGUAUUACUAUAGUGACCGUUAAUGUGAUCAGCAUGCCGUGGAUUUUGAUUGGUCUUGCACCGUUA